GCUCUUCUUUGCAAGUUCAUUCCGUGUUGAUAUUACUCCUAUAUAUCGGAAAUUCGGACAUGAAGCUUUCACGUGCAAAGGCUUCUUCCCCUAAGGACCAUAACUUCGAAUGCACGCGGCCCUCGAUGUCUUAAUGCGUCAAACACCCCGCAAUUUGUGAACCUCUCCCAGAUCCUCUGGUACAAAAGUGUUACCUUUCACCAGCUCUAAUGCCUCUCCAGCCAACUCCAGAGAGGCCGUCGAUAUGGCUUGCAGUAUCGAUGUUUACAGGGCUCCCUGUUAUUCUCUGGCUGUACAAGGUGAAUAUCCGUAUCCUCUCACUUGCAUGUCGUUUCUUCUCAGUCAACGUCAAUCAUGUCCUGGGUAUGUACUUUAGUGCGUGAUGCUUUUUGUGUUCCAGCGUAAAAUCAUAUACAUGGGUUUGUUAUGUACCCCCUGGUGCGAGGACCGAAGAGUUAAGCCAUGUACCUUCAAAUCACCU